CUGCGGAAAAAAAGGAGAAGACGAACGUCUUCCAGAAAUGCUUCCCAAACUUCCGGGCCUGGAACAACCGGCGGGACCGACUGGCGCGACGGUCGCGACCCGGCGCGCGGUGCUCUUUUCGGGCUAGAAAAAGCGAGGAGGUGUCGGCCCCUUGUCACGUUGCUGCAUAAUAACGCGGCGCCGAUCGCCUCAGAUGCAGUCGGCUUCGGCGGAGGUGGGCAGCAGCGGCGACUCGGUGGUGCAGGUGUGCUUCCCGAGCGCCCGGGCCUCGGUGCUGGACGGCCUGAACCGGCAGAGGGAGGACGGUCGCCUGUGUGACCUCGCCAUCCAUGUCCAAGGUCACGUGUUCAAGGCCCACCGCUGCGUCCUGGCCGCCUCCUCGCCGUACUUCCACGACCAGGUCCUGCUGAAGAACAUGUCCAGCGUGUCCAUCCCGGCCGUGAUGGAUCCGCUGGCGUUCGAGAGCGUGCUGCGCUGCGCCUACACGGGCCAGCUAAGGAUGCUGCGCGAGGACAUCGUCAACUACCUGACGGUGGGCAGCGUCCUGCAGAUGUGGCACAUCGUGGACAAAUGCACCGAGCUCCUCAAGGAGGGCAGAGCUGCGGGGGGAGGCGCUGGCGGCGGCGGCUCGGCUAACGGCGGCGGCGGUCUCGCUCGGGAUCGGGCUCGGCCGGCGGGGUCCCAGGAGCAAAGUUCCUAUGCAAGAACCCCGCAGGAGCCCCCGCGAGCCAGCCGGCCGUCGGCCGGCGAGAGCCAGUCUCCCAGCAGCACGAACUACUUCAGCCCCGGAGCGGCCGCGGCCUCGGCGGGCGGGGGCGGAGCGGCCGGCGACGCGCCCGGCUACUGCGCGCCGUCCGGAGAGGAGGCCUUCAUGAUAGAAGAGGGGGGGGGGGAGGAUGAGGAAGAGGAGGAGGAGCACCAGCUCCAACAAAAGAGGAGAGGAGGAGGAGGAGGAAGGAGGAAGAAAACCAACUCAGCGUCAGAGGAGGAAGUCGGCGUCAGUGACAGCUUUGGUGUUUCCUCAUAUCAGGACGGCGAGGACGCGUCCCCGCGCAGGCGCCCCGCCUACGUCCAGCCCGGCGUCGCGCCCCGCAAGCAGUGGGUGGUGGUCAAAGCCGAGCGGGCCGAGGACCACGACCUCAUCGUGGUGUCGGGCGAGGAAGGCGGCGGGGCGGAGGAAGAGGAGGAGGAGGAGGAGGAGGAAGAGGAGGACGACGACGACGAGCUCGACGAGAGGGCGACGGCGUCCGGCCGGGGGAGGGACGGCGGCGAAUUUGCCAUCUCGCACGUGCGGACGCUGUCGGCGGAGGCCGCGGGGCGAGGAGAAGCCGACGCGCAGAUGGACUACUGCCAGUCUUCUGAGGACUUCCUCAAGUUGGACGGCGGCCUGCUGGACGCGGCCUUAGCUCAGCAAAUCCAGGACACGGCGGCGGGUCCGAUUCCGAGCCAGGGCGCCGCCGGAGCCGCGUCGGGGCUGCCGGGUCCGGUCCCGACCCGUGCCCAGCUCUUCCCUCUGGACAUGCAGGGCAACCAGAUCCUGGUCUACGGACAAACGUUCUCGAUGGACGCCGCGCCGCCUCCUCUGAGCGGAGUAAUCGGCGGUGGCGCUUUGAAAAGAACAGAGCAUGGCCCCGCGGUCCCGGGAGGCGAAGGCGGGGUCGGCGGCGGUUCCGGCAAAGUGUUUAUGUGCCACUGCGGGAAGACAUUCACGCACAAGAGCAUGAGGGACCGCCACGUCAACAUGCACCUGGACCUGAGACCCUUUCAUUGCCCCGUGUGCGCCAAGAAGUUCAAGAUGAAGCAUCACCUGACCGAGCACAUGAAGACGCACACAGGCCUCAAGCCGUAUCGCUGCGCCGGCUGCGGCCGCAAGUUCAUGUGGCGAGACAGCUUCAUGAGGCACCGAUCGCACUGCGAACGUCGAGCAGGGGGCGGCCAAGACGGCGCCGAUGUCCUUCCCGGCACUCACUUCCUCCUCCCGCCGGGCGAGGGAGGUCUGCGGGGAGGCGCAGCGUCCGCGGCCUCCACGCGCCUCCACCACGCAUCUACAGGCGCGCCGUCGGUCAGCGGCGUGGCGGCGCUUCAAGCGGCGGGAAUGUUUGGCAGCCUGCCGUUAGAACACGGCAUCUGCUCUGAUCUCACUAACGACAGCUAACACCGGUUAGUGACUGCAGACGACCGUGAGUGAAUGCUUUUGACCGCUAGUGACUGCUAACCUUUGAUAACGACAGCUAAUGGCCACAAGUGACCACUAGCGACAGCUAACAACCUCUAGAGACUGCUAACAACUGGCAGUGACCGCUAAUGAUAGCGACCACUAAGGACCGCUAACGGUCGCAAGUGACAGCUUACAACCGCUAAUAACAGCUAACAACCACUAGUGACUGUUAGCGACUGGUAGUGACCGCUAAUGACAAUUAGCAGCCAUUAAAGACAACUAACGACCUAUAAUGACUGAUAAUGGCAGUUAGUGACUGCUAACAACAGCUAACGACGGCUAACGAAAGCUAGUGAGUGCUAACAAUCACUAGCAAUGGCUAACGAGGGCUAGUUAUUGAUAAUGACAGCUAGUGACCGUGAACAACCACUAACGGUAGCUAAUAACCACUAACAACCGUGGGUGACCGAUAAUGAUAGCUAACCGCUAACGAGCUCUCGUGACCGCUAACAAUGGCUAAAAACCACUAGCAGCUGUUACAACUGGGACACUAGUAGACAAAACCUGAAGGUCUACGAAGAGAAAGCAUAUCACAGCGCCACCUAAUGGUGGGUGCUGUCACAUGUUGCCACGCUCCUACUCACGGGGGCGCUCUUUCACGCCCGCCAGUCACCUUUGACCUUCAUGUCUUCUUCAUUCGAGGCCGCAGGGAAACCGGGCUACCCAAUGCAGGUCACGUCCACGCCAACACGGAGAUUUUUUUAGUUCUUUCGUUUGCGCACAAAUGUCCUUAUCUGAAAAAUCACUCGCCCAUCACAGUUCAUGUACAACCCCAAUUCCAAUGAAGUUGGGACGUUGUGUUAAACAUAAAUAAAAACAGAAUACAAUGAUUUACAAAUCAUGGUCAACCUAUAUUGAAUUGAAUACACGACAAAGACAAGAUAUUUCAUGUUCAAACUGAUCAACUUGAUAGUUUUUAGCAAAUAAUCAUGAGCUUUGAAUUUUCUGGCUGCAACACGUUCCAAAAGAGCUGGGACAGGCUCGUGUUUACCACUGUUUUACGUCACCUUUUCUUUGAACAACAUUCAAUCAACGUUUGGGAACUGAGGACACUCAUUGUUGAAGCGUUGUGGGUGGAAUUCUUUCCCAUUCUUGCUCGAUGUACAGCUUCAGCCGUUCAACAGUCCGGGGUCUCCGUUGUCGUAUUUGACGCUUUGCGUCCAUAACAGUCCGGAUGGUUCUUUUCCUCUUUGGCUAGGAGGACACGACGUCCACAAUUCAGGGAAGCUCCUUUUCUACCCAAUCGCGGCGCCCACCUGUUCCCAAUGAGCCUGUGCACCUGCGGGAUGUUCCAAACAGCUGUUUGAUGAGCAUUCCUCAACUUUCUCACUUUUUUUUUUUCCACCUGUCCCAGCUUUUUUGGAACCUGCUGCAGCCAUAAAAUUCGAAGUUAAUGAUUAUUUGCUCAAAACAAUCAAGUUUAUCAGUUUGAACAUGAAAUAUCUUGUCUUUGUAGUGUAUUCAAUUGAAUAUAGGUUGAACAUGAUUUGCAAAUCAUUGUAUUCUGUUUUUAUUUAUGUUUAACACAAUGUCCCGACUUCAUUGGAAUAGGGAUUGUACAUUCAAGAAUAAUUUUAACAUAAUUACAUCUAAAUGAAUGCUUUCAAACAAUGUACAUGUAGGAGUUAAGUGAUUUUAAACAUUAUGUACAUGUCCAAAUGAUAUUAGGUAUAAUGCACAUAAAAUAAAUGAUUUUAAAUAAUGUACACGUCAGAAUAAUACUAAAAGAAAUAACUAUAAUGUAAAUUUCGGAAUAAGGGUGAUCAAGUUGGCUGAUGUUUUUCCAGGUUUUUGAUUGGACAAAAUGAAGAAAAGCUUUUUCACGUGGCAGCGCGAGCGGGCGACGUUGCGUCCGUCUGCGAGUCGCCGGCGUCGGGCCGUCGUGUUCUCCUGACAGCUUGCUCACGUUUUUUAAUUGACAUCUUCUCUGACCUUUGUCGGACUUUUACCGAAUGUGCGACCUUCGGGGUCGGACGUUAAUCUGCCUGGCGACAUAAAAAAAGAGGUGCAAUACUGGGAGCUGGGCACUUUUUGUUAGCAGCCCUGUCAAAUUUUGUUUUCUUUUUUUCUUAAUUUGGUCGAUAAAAAUUUAUUUAUUCCAUUUUAUUUAUUUUGUAUUUAUUCAUGGAAUUAAAUAAUUAGUGUAAUUAGAAUUAGUUUUGUUAUAAAUAAACUAUUUGUUGCAUUAACAUAGGCAUUUUUUAGGUUAAUUAAAAUGUUAUUCAUUGAUAUAUAUUUUGAUACAGGUAACAUUACUUGGUUGAUUUAUUGUAACUAAUAAACUGAAUGUCAUUAGGAAAGAAAAAACAUUCUAACUGCACAUUUAAUUCUUGGAUUAAAUUGGUCAAUUGCUUAUAAUCAAAUUAAAUACUAAGCAAAAAACUGAGCAUGAACUAUUUUGUUAUUAAAAUGAGCUUUUACAUAUUUUAUGUGCGGCACAGUGUGCGACUGGUUAGAAAAUCUGCCUCACGGUUCUGAGGUUGCGAGUUCAAAUCCGGCCUCUGCCCUACAGGGGGCGCUCUGGCCCGGACACUGCGAAAAGCGCACGUCCUGAUAGAUCAACUGGCAAGCAAUGAGUCAAGUCUUUGAGAAGCACACUUUUAUUUGAAAAAACCAACAAACAAAGCAAACAAAAGCAUAUUAGUAAGAGUUAGUUGUGUGUGUGCAUACUGUACGUACAGCGGCCAUCUUCAAACAGCAAGGUCUUUUCUAUAGCUAAUAAAGAUGUAAGAUGUA